CCGGCGUUGAACUUGAGAGGCAUGGGUUGAAUGCAUGCUUAUCUGAGAAAGAACGGAGCCCUAAUGUGGGAUUUUAGAAAAGUUUCAGGCGAGCAAGUAGCCGAAAGCAAGGAUGGAAACACCUUUCGUGUUGCUGUUUAUUUGCUGUUUAUCUAUCUACAUCAACAACUGUUGGUCGAGCCUACAGUGUGUUGGUGAGAAUGGAAAGGCAGUAGAUUGGUUUAUUGCCUACAAGAUUCCCAAGAUAGCAGAAAGCUCAAAUCCAUUUGUAAAGGAAGGCUUGGCAUAUUUCUAUAUGGACAAUAAUACUGUGUCAGGGGCAUGGGCACUUUCAAAUAAUUCGUUAAACAGUACUGGAGGUGCCAUCUAUAAGACAUUAGAGCCACUUUACAAAGCUGAAAACACCACUGAGGAAGUGGCAUUUGGUAUGUACAAUGAUGAGACUCCCAGUGGAGAGAAAACAGAGGAGUAUGGACACACUAAAGGUGUCCUUGCCAUGGAUGUUUACACUGGGUUCUGGAUGGUGCAUAGUGUCCCCCGAUUUCCAGAAUUCAAGAAAUACUCAUGGCCGGAUUCUGCUAGGGAAAAUGGACAGUCAUUCCUGUGUAUUUCUAUAACACAUCCAGAGGCUGACACCAUUGCUCAACAAAUGACAUACAACCGACCAUGGAUCUAUGGCAAGAACUUUCCAGCUAAGUUUGAGCACACUGACCGCGCAUUCCUGGGCAUGCUGCAUGGCAAGUUCCGUAAUGGGAACCGCACAAAGAUGAUCAAUUCUGCAGGUGGAGAGAAAUUCCUUGUCUUUGCCAAGGAUGCAGAUUUUGGAGCUGACUUGUAUGAUGCCUAUGUUGGCCCAUACCUGGCCAGCAGCUUGUACACAGAAACCUGGCAGAAUGGACCGGGGAAGACACCAUCCUACUGCAAGGGCCCAUUCCAUGUGGAGAAUAUCCAGAGUAUUUCAUUCCCUAAAACAGAGAUUGCCUUCAAAGAAACCAAGGACCAUUCCAAGUGGGCCGUUACUGUCAAGUCUACACAGGGAGACUGGACUUGUAUUGGUGACAUAAACAGACAGGAAGGUCAGCUUCACAGAGGAGGAGGCACAGUGUGCAUGAACAACCGCCAGGUCUGGAAGUCUUUCAGUGGCUUGGUGGGUGCGGUUGAGCAUUGCAAAGUAUAAAGGAUUAUACUAAUCUCCAAAAUGGGUUGCCAAAUAUCUCAGCAAAAUGAAUAUGCUGCUGAGUUAAGUACUCAUACAAGAUACACAGUUCAAAGAUUUUAACACAAACAAGGCUUUUGUACAGUUACUGAAUAUUUUGUCAGUCAAGCAAGAUUAAAAGGGAUAACAACUGUUCAUUUUGGCCAAAAAUUGAAUUUUCCGGGUGUAAACAACAAUUUUUUC